AUGCUGAUCCCGAUUCUGGCUUUGUCCAAAACAAAUAUUUACGUCUUUGAGCGCGUUCGUCCCGGAGCAGUCAGCGAAGGGUUAAGCUCCCCUCACCGCGCCGCCUUUAAAACCCGCAGACUCGACUCCCGGAGAGAGAGACCAGAGCGCGGAGCCGGACGGAGGGAGUUCAGGGACCAGAGGACGGACGGACACGGGUGCAGACUGGUGCGUUCGGGGACCAGAGGACGGACGGACACGGGUGCAGACUGGUGCGUUCGGGGACCAGAGGACGGACGGACACGGGUGCAGACUGGUGCGUUCGCUGCCCCCCUCAGAGACAUGAAGCCUCUGCUGUUGCCCUGCGUGGCGCUCGUGCUGUGGCUGGGCCUGAGCUCGGCCGGGACCGGGACCGGGACCGGGUUCAGACCGGGACUUAACCACGAGGCCGGACUGAGCGCGAGGAGGACCUACGGCCGAGCGGCGAGGGCGCUACCUGCAGCUGUUGAACCAGAUUCCACUCCCAUGACGGUGCAGGCGUCCGACCUGCCCACCUGCCUGCUGUGCGUGUGCCUGACCGGGUCCGUUUACUGUGAGGAGGUGAACCCGGACAUGACCACGGUGCCGGCGCUGCCCAAAGAGACGGCCUAUCUGUACGCCCGCUUCAACAAGAUCAAGAAGAUCGGAACCAAGGACUUCGCCGACAUGUUGACCCUGAAGCGGAUCGACCUGACGGGAAACCUGAUCUCGGAGAUCGAGGACGGGGCGUUUUCCAAACUGUCGCUCCUGGAGGAACUGUCCCUGGCAGAAAACCGCCUGGUCAAACUGCCCAUGCUGCCCGCCAAACUCACCACCUUCAACGCCAACUUCAACAUGCUCAAGACCAAAGGAGUCAAAGCCAACGCCUUCAAGAAACUGACGAAGUUGUCUAACCUGUACCUGUCGGACAACCAGCUGGAGGCGGUGCCCUUCAUCCCUGACAACGUGAGGACUCUGCACCUGCAGAACAACAACAUCAGCGAGGUGAACGUCAACACCUUCUGCCGCUCCAACGACACCUAUUACCUCAGGCCCAAACUCACCGAGAUCCGCCUGGACGGGAACCCCGUGCUCCUGUCAAAGCACCCGGACACCUUCACCUGCCUCAACGUGCUGCCCGUGGGCCGGUACCGCUGAGACCAGGGACCAGGGACCAGGGACCACAGACCACAGACCACAGACCACAGACCACAGACCAGACCUGAGACCAGAGACUAGAACUGAGACCAGAGACCGGACCUGAGACCAGAGACCAGAGACCACAGACCAGAGACCACAGACCACAGACC